UCUUUUUUCCUCCUCCCUCUCUGCUCCACUAGCUGCAAAGCCAAUAAAAAAAUUCUCCACCUCCUACACAGUUCAGAACAGGAUCUGCGUGCAUUUCUCCUAGGCAUGUUUUGAGACCCAGAAGGGGAUGAAAGUAGUUAAUGCGCAACGGGAAUCUUAAUUUCAGGCACAAAUCUGUACCUUUCUAUUGACCUUGCUGAUAUGCUGCAAGCUAAAUAUUAAACAAUUUUUUGAUCAAUUUAAGUCCAGCCUGGGGAGAAGAAACAGUUAAAGAAAUGUCUCAAGUAUACUUGCAUUCAGCUAAUCAGACUUUGUGUGCAUCUACAAAUGGUACAGAACUGAAAUCAAUCAUUGAUAAUGAAACUACAAAUGAAAAAUGGACCGAAGACUCCUUUCCAGGAUUAGAAAUACUGUGCACAAUUUAUGUUACAUAUGCUGUGAUCAUUUCAGUGGGUCUCCUUGGAAAUGCUAUACUCAUCAAAGUCUUUUUCAAGAUUAAAUCAAUGCAGACGGUUCCAAACAUCUUCAUCACCAGCCUGGCAUUUGGAGACCUACUGCUUUUAUUAACUUGUGUGCCUGUAGAUGCAACACGUUAUAUUGUGGAUACCUGGCUCUUUGGAAGAAUUGGGUGCAAGCUGCUGUCUUUUAUCCAGUUAACCUCAGUUGGAGUAUCAGUGUUUACCCUGACUGUUCUCAGUGCUGACAGGUACAGAGCCAUUGUUAAGCCCUUGGAACUGCAGACUUCAGAUGCGCUCCUGAAGACCUGCUGUAAAGCUGGCUGUGUUUGGAUCAUCUCCAUGAUAUUUGCUAUCCCAGAGGCUGUUUUUUCAGAUUUGUAUUCUUUCAGCAAUCCUGAGAAAAAUUUAACUUUUGAGGCAUGUGCCCCCUAUCCUGUAUCUGAGAAGAUCCUGCAGGAAGCUCACUCCCUGGUUUGCUUCUUAGUGUUCUAUAUUGUACCCUUAGCUGUCAUCUCUGUCUACUAUUUUCUUAUCGCCAGAACUUUAUAUAAAAGUACAUCCAACAUGCCAGCGGAAGAACAUGGUCAUGCCCGUAAGCAGAUUGAAUCCCGCAAGAGAGUUGCAAAAACAGUGCUGGUGCUUGUUGCUUUGUUUGCCUUUUGCUGGUUGCCUAACCACAUCCUCUACCUAUACCGCUCUUUUACAUACCAUGCUUCUGUAGAUGCUUCCACCUUUCAUCUGAUAGCUACUAUUUUUUCCCGUGCCUUGGCCUUCAGCAAUUCCUGCAUCAAUCCUUUUGCUCUUUAUUGGCUGAGUAAAAGUUUCCGGCAACAUUUUAAAAAGCAAGUCUCGUGCUGCAAGGCAAAAUUUCGUACAAAGCCCCCCAGUGCUACCCACAGUAAUACACCUACCAGAGCCUUGUCAGUCACGGGCAGCACACAUGGCUCAGAAAUCAGUGUUACACUGCUAACAGAUUAUAGUAUCACAAAAGAAGAGGAAAGUGUUUAGUCCAUCUGGGAUGAAGGACAGAAACUGAGCCUUUGCAAUCAAGUCACUACUACUGGGAUCCUGGAAAGAGGUGCCAUGCCUUGCCCUGUCUGUGAAAGAGUUUUCAUCAGAAGUUCCUCAUUUUUUAAAAUAUACAAUAAAGAAAUCAAACUGUGUGGGAGAAGGAGCUGCAACAGCUGAACUUUCCAUUGUUCAUGUUCCCAAGCAUGAACAGACAUCCCUAGCUGGAAUUCCUGAACCGGACAGGACAGGAGUUAGCAGAGUUGGUGCGAGAAUUGGCUGUAAGGAUGGUUUUGUUCUUGGUGACUUUUCUUUGACUUGUGACUGAGAGCUCCGUCUGUCAAGGACUUGCAUCCACAGCAACCAAGCAAAACCACAUAUCUUCAUAACAUGAUCAACCAGGCCGAUUUUUGAAUUAUUUCUUUUCUUGUCCCAAAUG